GUGCUUCCUGCCAAUCGCCAGGCCGUGUCCCGCUUGUCCUUACGCAGUAUCCUGCACGCUCCUGCAUGUUUUCUCGGCAACGCAUCAAUGAGACUGGAUAUGGGCAGCUGGCUGGUUGAUCGAGCCGCAGUAGAUAAUUGGGCAUACAGUGUGCCGGUCGUCCAUCCCCCAGAGCCACAGACUGACGAGCAGCCUCGUCCAUUCGCUAUGGCCUGCUUGAGCUCGCGUGAAAAGCAUCAUCACUGCAGGUUUCCCUGGAGCGUCCGCAUACCGUGUUAGUCAUGUGACUGUUGUCGAUCCAAUGUCGAGAUGCGCUGGCAGUUUUAUGAAACCCGCUGGAGCCAGCAGCCUGCUAGGGUCGAUUCGCUGGCGGUUAAUUAUCAGUUGCCGGGGAUGGGCUGCGAGGAAGCUUGUCAACGUUCUCUGGCCCUUGCUUCCAGCUCUAUGAAACAGCAGUCCUGGGGGGAGAGGACCUCGUGUUUGUGUUUUACUAUCUUCAUCCUUGUUUGGACCUCUCCUGCGUCGUCCUCCUCUCGUUAUCGUUUCGUUAUUUGGCUUCCCUUCCCUUCUGCUUCCCUGCGUAUAUCCCCUUCUCUCUCCUUAAAAUGGCACUUGUUCUCGCGGUCAAACUCUCCGAGUGAGCCCAAAACUCUCUUCCCAAUUUCCAUCCCAUCCGGCCUGGAUUCCAUGCCGUUGCGAUUGUACAGAACGGCCAGGCACAAGGCUGUUUCGGUGCGAGGAUCAUGGAAAAGCGGCUAGGUAUUGGAGAUUUAGCAGAUGAACUGCUCGAUGAAAUCCUGUCCUUUGUUCUACAAUCCGGAGGCCUGCUGAAUGAGCCUUUCCGUGACGGCCCUUAUAAUUUCACUGGAGGGACCGAUGACCAGCCGACGACUAGCAGGUAUGGUGAAAAGACAGACUUGGACAGGUUCCGGCUAGUCUGCAGGAGGUUUAUGAGAAUAGGCACGCCGCGGAAAUUCUCUCGAUUUGUCCUCCGGUUUUCUAGGGAGGGAUUCGAAAGGCUAGAACAUCUCUUGGGCAUGCAAUUAGCCGGCUAUGUUAGAUAUUUCACAUACAUGGUCCGACCCUUUUAUCAAGGAAGCGGCUGGCCACAAGUUCUGGCCGACAUGAAUUCUUAUGACCCGUCAAGCUCCCAAUUACAUUGUAAACGUCUCCGGGAUCAGGACUCCCUGGUUGACGCAGCCAGAGACCUAUCGUUUCUGAGACUGGCAAUAGCAGCCUUCGCGUCUCUCCAGCAAGUCAAACUGCUACGCUUGCAGGACGAAGCCGAUGAACGACUGCUCGAUUACAUACGGGACCCCUCGCUGGAAACAACCAUCUCUCUGAGCUGGGAACCUGCCUGCUCCCGAGCAAUCACUAACCUAGGCAUCGCACUGCUGGAAUCGAAAUGCAGCUCUGUCCGCUUUAUCGGACCCCAGAUCAGUCCCGAGGCGACCCUAAGACUACAGCGAGUACCACCCGCAACACUCUCGGCAGUAGGCGCACGGCUGGCGAGCGUGGACAUCAACUUCCACUGCAUAACGGAUAUGACAGCGAGCUUCACGGCACAAUCAAGCAUCUUCCGGAACUUCUUCUCUGCCGCCAAAAACCUAAUGACCAUCCACCUUAGCUUCCCGGCAAAGCUACCCCUGGAUUCCAAACUGGAGCAUUUCUUCCAUCAGAUAGAAUGGAAGAACCUCCGCACAUUUGCUAUCCAAGGCUGGCGUCUCCAAUCCGACGAAAUCAUCGAUUUUUCCCGUCGACACAAGCGUCAGCUCCGUGAGCUUUGUCUGCGGAACGUCUACCUUCGUGACGGCUCGCGGUGGCGCGAUGUACUGACCGUUCUCCACGAUGAAAUGGAGCAGCUGGAACGCUUGGAUCUGCGUGGGAUCGACUACUCAAUUCACUUUGAUACUACUACGGUCAUGGCGAACGGGGUUGAAGGACCAGAGAACGAGAAUCACAACCAGAAUCAGAACCUGCCAUCCCCGUUCUUGGUCGAUCAUCAUCACCCCGUUCUUCUGAGUUAUGACUGUUGUUCCCCGAGCUGUUCUUUAAACUGUCACCAUCCUCUUCCCCUUUCGGAAGGGGUGUUACGGGAACUCCGGGCCCUCACCGUGGAUGAUCUUGGGGAUGACGGGGUUGCUGUCGGGCGCGAGCAGCGGUCACUCUGGGAGGCGUGGGUCAGGGCAAGUCCACGUGUUGUCUCUACUGGUAGACAGUUCUAGGGGAGGCUGAUUGGAGUAGGCGAAGUAUAUUCUGUGCUGCUUGAUCGAGAUUUAGUUUGGGGGUUUUUCCUUUGCCUUUCAUAGUACCGUCCACUCGAUUUUACUGAGGU